CAUCAUUGAGGGCCUAACGCGACGUCCUCCGAUAAUCUCCCAUUGCGACAAAUGCGGCAGCUCUCGCUCAGGUUCACUUUAACUCUGCUGGGUCUUUGCCCAGGUCCAGGUUUACUGCUGACCGGAAAGCUUUGGCUGCUUCCACCCCCUCCUUCUCUCACCCUCCUUUCCUCCAAUCGCUGAAGUAAGAGUCCUACUGCUCACCCAUUCCGUCCCCUUCCCCCCCUUCCCUCGCCGACUGAGGCUUUGAUCUCCCUCCUGCUGCCGUGGGUAGUACUUGACCUUCCCCCCAUCUGCCCUGUCUUUUAUUUCGUCCUCUCCCUCUCUCCCCUCCCAUUUCCUUUCUCUCCCUCUCUCCUAUCUAUCAUCCUCCCCUUAUUGCUACCUUAUUUCCAUUCUACUAUCACAGCGCAUCAGGUCAAGAUAGGCACGCGCCAUUGACCUGGCCUCGUAUCACAAAAUCGCAUUCAUCUCCUUCUAUCCAUUUCCACUCUACUUAGCUCCCAAGACCAUCAUGUCCACCCGUAAGAGAAAGCAAGAAGCCGAAGAAGAGGAAGAGCUCCACGCGCUCCCUAGCGACGAGAGCGAAGAGGAAGAAGAGUAUGAGGACUCUGAAGUAGGCGAAAGCGAAGGGGACGAAGAAGGAAGUGAAGAGGAGGUUCCUUCUGAUGAAGAAGAAGAGGAAGAAGAAGAAGAGCCCGCUGAAGAGCAAGGCCCCCCGGCCACCAAGAAACGCAAGACAGCAGCCGCCCCAGCUGAUGAUGAAGAAGAAGAAGGAGAGGAAGAAGUAAAAGAAAAUGGUAAAGAUGCCGGUGAAAACGGAGUCGGAGAGGACGACGAAGAGGAAGAGGAAGAGGAAGAAGAUGAGGGAGAAGAGGAAGCGCCCGAGGAGACAGCCAAAACCAGUGCCCCUGCUGCCUCUGCAGCCAAGGCUAAGGGAGAGACUGUUCCGAAGGAACCUGAAGUCGACACUGUGGUCGAAGAGGAGAAUAAGUGAAUGUCUAUCGGGCCUGUGUUGCCAAGAUGAUUUGGGGGCGCUGUAAUCUUUACAUCAAAUAAUUUGGUUCAGGCUGUAAUUGGAAUCUAGGUACUCUUUUGGCUAGCUUAUCUUUAUUCAAUGAAUUGGUCAGUCAAGCUGGCUAUCCCUUUAUUAAGAGAUGCGCUCUCUGAUAUCUCCAUACUAUGUGUAAUGGAAGUAAAUGAUCGACAACUUGAUCUCCGAAGGUUCCGAAUGUGCUCAAUGGAAGGACUUGCUCCAUUGGUGAACCAAGGGAAAUAGAACG